AUGCAGUUUCCUCAAAUCUUUAUUAUUAUUGCGACCGUCUUUGCUGCCGCUGCGCAAGCGUCCUGCACCGACCCGGUCAAGGGAGAAUGCCCAAAGACCCCCGGUGUCAGUCUAUUUUCUUGCAGAGUAGAUGGAAAGAUCGCAAAAUGCUGCGAUAGUUUCGUCAAGUGCCCAAUGCAAGUCGUUGUGGCGCCCAACCGCGCCUGA